CUUAUAUUGCUCGCAGUCACCAUUUCAUGCUCAAAGAGAAUACAGGAAAAAUGAAACCCAUAUCAAAGCUUCCUCGUUCAUUAGCGUUUGCCUUUCUUCAUAUAUGGAUUUUCUUGUUCUAUCUGGUCGAUUUAUCUGAAGCCCAACCAAAGACGGACCCGAAUGAAGUGAGCGCUUUAGACGCCAUUUUGCGAAGAUGGAGAAUCUCACCCCAACCUUCCAACUCCACUUACCAAUGGUAUACGACUGGAGAUCCCUGUAGUGGUGUUGCCCUCGCAAAUAACGCUAGCAUCAUUGAUGAUGAAGCAUUCAACGCGGGGAUUAUAUGCGAUUGCAAUUACGACAAUGGUUCUACUUGUCAUAUUAUACGCCUCAAAGUAAUGGAGAUGGGGAUGGAUGGGGAAAUUCCAAACGAGCUCCUCAACUUGACUUACCUCGUAUAUCUGAAGUUAGAUAAAAAUUACUUAACAGGUCCCCUGCCAGCAUUUCUUGCCAGAUUAACUAAAUUGAAAAUAUUGGCCGUUGCUUUUAAUUCAUUGUCGGGACCAAUUCCAGAGGAGCUUGGAACCCUUAAGGAUCUAAUUGUUUUGUCUCUUGAAUACAAUAAUUUCUCAGGGGCACUCCCUUCGCAAUUAGGGAAUUUAAUCAAUCUUCAACACUUUUACAUAAGCAGUACUGGACUAAGUGGUGAGAUUCCUUCAUCAUUUUCUAAACUAUCAAACAUGAAAAUCAUGUGGGCAUCAGAUAAUAAAUUUGUAGGAAAAAUACCUGAUUUCAUUGGAAAUUGGACAUUGCUUGAAGAUUUGAGAUUUCAAGGAAACUCUUUUGAAGGUCCAAUACCAUCUAGCUUUUCUUCCUUGACUAACUUAAAUGAAUUGAGAAUAAGUGAAUUAUCAAACACAAGUUCAACAUUGGAUUUCAUUAAAAAUAUGAAGAACUUAGUUACAUUAGUUUUAAGAAAUAAUAUGAUUUCUGGUACUAUUCCAUCAAAUAUUGUAGAAUAUUCAAAUUUGAAAAGAUUGGAUUUAAGCUUCAACAAUUUAACUGGACGAAUUCCAAGCUCUUUAUUUACCUUGCAAAACCUCAAUAUCUUAUUCCUUGGAAACAAUGGCUUAUUUGGCCCUCUUCCUGCACAAAUGGGACCAAAUCUUGUUUAUAUAGAUUUAUCGUACAAUGAACUAUCAGGAAGCUUUCCUCCCUGGGUAACGAAACCAAAUAUACAUGUGAAUUUGGUGGGAAAUAACUUUACCUUUGGUGAAUCAAAUAUUAGUAAUUUUAAAGGGCUAGAAUGUCUCCAGCGAAACUUUCCAUGCAAUAGGGGUACACCACGUUAUGCCAAAAUUGCAAUCAAUUGUGGUGGUGAAACAAUGAAAGAUACUAAUGGAGACGAAUUUGAUCAAGAAAAUUAUAACAUGAGUGCAACAUCAUACUUUGUAACAGAUAAUAGAAAAUGGGCAGUUAGCAAUGCUGGAAUAUUUUUUGAUAAAGCAAAUCUCAUUUACAUCCAUAGCACUACAAGUCCAAUUCAAGUUGGAAAUACUUCAACAGGAGCCUUAUUUCAACAAGUGAGGUUAUCUCCAGGAUCUCUAAGAUACUACGGCCUAAGUAUUGAGAAUGGAAUGUAUAUAGUAAGUCUAUAUUUUGCAGAGACAGGAUUUGAUUGGGUAUCCAAAAAUAAACGAAUUGAUUUUGUUGCUGAAUCCUGGAAGCGUUUUGGAAGGCGAAUCUUCGAUAUUUAUAUUCAGGGGGAUCUGAAAAUAAAAGACUUUGAAAUAGAAAAAGAAGCCGGUACAAUGUUUAAAGGCAUUGUAAAGGAGUUUAAGGCUAAUGUAACAGAGAACUAUCUUGAAAUUCAUCUCUUCUGGGCUGGAAAAGGUACUCAAAGAAUACCUGAAGAUGGCUCUUACGGAUCAUCCAUUGCAGCCAUCAAGUUUACUCCAGAUUUCACACCAACCGUACCUGGCAAUCCAGAAUCACCUUCAUCAAAAAGGACAGGCUUGAUUGUUUUUAUUGUAGUUGUUGUUACAAUUGUCAUCUCAACAUCUGUCUUCGCUAUCUUCUACAUGAGACGAAGGAAAAGAAAAGGCAUCCACAAGGAUGAAGAGAUUCUAGCAAUAACUCCCAGAGCCAAUAUUUUUAGUUAUGUAGAACUGAGAUCUGCCACAGAGGACUUCAAUCCCAAAAAUAAGUUAGGAGAGGGGGGAUUUGGAGCUGUUUAUAAGGGAAAACUCUAUGAUGGGAGGAACGUGGCUGUGAAACAACUCUCAGUAGUAUCCCCCCAGGGAAAGGAUCAAUUUGUAACAGAGAUUGCUACGAUAUCUGUUGUUCAACAUCGCAACCUUGUGAAACUAUAUGGAUGCUGUAUUGAGGGUGAUAAACGAGCUCUUGUUUAUGAGUAUCUUGAAAACAAGAGCCUUGAUAAGGCACUCUUUGGGAAGACUCAUCUAUAUCUUGAUUGGCCAACACGCUAUGAAAUCUGCUUGAGGACAGCAAGAGGCCUAGCUUAUCUUCAUGAGGAAUCCAAUCCAAGGAUUAUACAUAGAGAUGUGAAGGCUAGUAACAUUCUGCUUGAUGCCGAUUUGAACCCCAAAAUUUCAGAUUUUGGUUUGGCCAAGUUGUAUGAUGAAAAGAAUACCCACAUUAGCACCCGAGUUGCAGGAACAAUUGGAUAUCUUGCACCAGAAUAUGCUAUGCGUGGACACCUAACAGAAAAGGCUGAUGUCUUUGGAUUUGGAAUUGUUGCUCUUGAGGUUCUCAGUGGAAGGCCAAAUGCAGACUGCUCAAAUUUGGUUACAGAGAAAAAGUAUCUUCUUGAAUGGGCAUGGAAUCUACAUGAACAUCACCGUGAACUGGAAUUGAUGGAUCAAACACUUGAAGAGUUUGAUGAAAGUGAAGCCUGUCGACUCAUAAGAGUGGCUCUCCUCUGCACUCAAGCAUCACCAACACUACGACCUUCCAUGUCACGUGUUGUGGCCAUGCUAUCCGGAGACAUCGAAGUGGGUGAAGUCACAUACAGGCCUGGUUAUUUAACAGAUUGGCAAUUAAAUGAUAUUAUCAGCUCUCAAGCUAGCAGCAGUACUUUUUCAACGUUGAUGCCAAGCUCAACGUCAUCAAAUCCUAAUCUAACCAUGAAAGGUAAUUCCAGUCCCCCCACAAGUGUUACUCAACCAAUGCUCCAUGACAGUCAGAGAGAGUAUGUUGUUUUGACAUAAAAAAAAAAAAAGAAAAGAAAUGAUAGUGUUAAUUUCAUAUUACCCAGACCAAAUUGACAGGAAUCCAUAUUACCCAAACCAAAUUGCUCUGUUUAGUCGAUUUGAUCAUUUUGUGACAGAGGCUUAGUUUGUUUAUAGUGUUAAUUUCAUUUGUAUUGGUGUACAUGCAUGGGAGUGCAAAUAGGUUAAGUGUAAAUUCUGCUUUA